AUGCCGUGGCUUAAACGCCUCAAUCCGAUGAUCAACUGGGAAACCGGUGACUUUUGGUUUGGUAAAGACGCCAAAUGGCCACCGAAACCCACCGUCGAAGAUGCACCAGAUGAAGAAGUUUCGAUUUUCAAGGAAGGUGGACUCCCAGAGUUAAUCACCACCGAAACUUCCCCUACCUCGUUUGGGCAUUCAGAAUCUAUCAGAGAAAUCGUGGCUGAUAACACUGAGCGUGGCGAGUUACCCGCAGUGCGGAAUGAUACCGAACCAGAUGACCCACUAUCAGAACCCCCUAUGGAUCAGCUCGAUGACGACAAUCUAGUUAUAUCCUAUAUCGCAGGAGAGCCAGUUAUUGGGGUAUUUGAACCCAUCAGGAAGGAGUCACCUUUGACGAAUGAAGAGACUGAAACCGCAGUCUUCACCAUACGAAGAGGCCCCGCCAUUGGAAGAAUGACACACAGUACUCGAUCCCCAUUAUUCUGUAAUGCACAGAAUACGGUCUUUUACAAACCAUCCGGUAAAUCACAAGAAUUAGCACAACAGGCACACAAGGAAGCAUCAGCUGUAGACAAACCCAAAACCGUCGAGGAGUUGGUCCCCAACUACCUCCACGAUUUGAAGUCCGUCUUUGAAAAGAAAGCAGCUGAACGCUUUCCAGAAACCAGGCCUUGGGACCACGCCAUUGACUUGAAACCCGAUUUUAUUCCGCGCGACUGUAAAGUCUAUCCGUUAUCGCUCAAAGAACAAGGAGCGAUGGAUGACUUCCUGGAAGAAAAUCUGCGAAAAGGAUACAUCCGACCGUCGAAAUCUCCCAUGGCUUCACCAUUUUUCUUCGUAGGAAAGAAAGACGGAGCACUACGUCCCUGUCAGGAUUACUGA